CUCCCCCACGCCCCCCCCCAGCUACUGAGAGUUUUGUAUUUCAGCUCCUCCUUACAUUCCAGGCCUGCUGAGACUUCCCCUAAAAUCCUCCAAAAUGGAGCUGCCCCUGCCUCUGACCACGUAUUCUUUGAAAAGCUCAAAGCUGAAAAUCAGGAUUUUAAUUGUUUUCUUCUCUAUGGUUUUAUUCACCGCCAUGCUGGGCCUCCUACAACUUAAGUACUUUAAGCCCAAAGUCAAAGACUUCUAUUCCUUUGAAGUGAAGGACUCAAAAGGGAGGGCCAUUUCCUUGGAGAAGUACAGAGGCAAAGCAUCUCUGGUUGUAAACGUGGCUAGUCACUGCCAGCACACAGAAAAAAAUUACAUCAUGCUGCAGGAACUGCACAGAGAGUUUGGACCAUCCCACUUCACAGUGCUGGCCUUCCCCUGUAAUCAAUAUGGGGAAAUGGAGCCAGGCACGAGUCAGGAGAUCGAAUAUUUUGCAAAAUCAAAUUAUGGAGUAACUUUCCCCAUUUUCAACAAAAUAAAGAUCCUAGGAACUGAAGCAUCACCAGCGUUUAAAUUUCUAAUGGAUUCCUCCAAGAAAGAGCCUCGGUGGAACUUCUGCAAGUAUCUUGUCAGCCCUGAAGGCAAAGUCGUGAAGUUCUGGAGACCUGAAGAGCCCUUAGAAAGCAUAAAGCCAGAUGUAGCUGCUCUAAUUAGGCAGAUCAUUGUGAAAAAGAGAGAAGACCUCUGAGGAAGCCACAGUGCUGUGUGAAUGCUAUAAGGAAGCAUCUCUGCACAGCCUGAGUACAUUCCUGCUCAAUAUUGGUAAAAGCUGGACAAUCAGUGGGUUUUUCUUAGUGCUGGUUAGAUUCAUGGUAUCCUUUCACAGAAAACUCUUCCAUUUAGGACCAGCUAUUAAACCUUCUGAGCACAGGUGAAGCAAAGAGAAGGAUUUAUGUUCUAUGCACUUUACCCAACUGAGCCCUGGAUAUGUUCCCUGUAAGAGUGUGUGGUUGGCAUCAGGUUAAUGAUAUCUUAUUUUAAGACUGGCAUUAUCUGGUUAAUGCAUACUGAAAGAGAAGGGAGAGGUCUGCAAGAAGCGUGAUUCUGUUUACCCACAAAAAUUAAAUACAUUAGGGAUCAGCAAAGGGACCUUUCAGAAAUCUGGUUUGUUUCCUUGCUCAAAAUUAUCUGUGUUCAGCAUAGUUAACUUGCUUCCCUGAAGAUCCAUUUCCUUGGUGCUCUGACAGCAGAUUACUACACUAUUUCCAAUGGCUUUAUUGGACUUUUGCUGACUUUGAAUAUUCCUGGGUCUGGGGUAGCCACUGGGAAUAAUGCAAGUAACAUACUAGGAGAAGUCUUUGAAAAUAGUUUCUCAGCAUUUAUAAGUGUUUGCGAUAUAGCUCAUGGUUUCAAUCAAGGCAACAAACAGUACAUCUGAAAAUCUUCAGGGUGUGUGCUAACUGCACUUAAGCACUGACUGUUUAGAAACAACCAAAGGUUAGUAUUCUUUACAACAUGAUCGUGAGGUGUUGUCAUAUAAAGAGAGAGAAUAUGAUGAUAAUGGCAUUCAUUCAUAAUUGACACACAUACAGCCUUUUUCCAAGGAAGAGGUUCUUUUCUAAUUUAGGACAGACACUGGAAAUACACAGCGCUGAUUGGCUGGCCAUUGUGUCUAUCAUGAAGCAUCUCUUCUCUCAGAGCCAGCUGUGCACAGCACUGAUUGGCUAGAUCAAAGCUAAUCAGAGUAGAUUUCAACCAUUAAAUAAACAAUAAAAAUGCUUAUUAAAAAGAAAAAGCACUGAUUAAAUGUAACAGCAGAUUGAAACGCUGGUGCUUUGUGGGGAAGUGGACAGCAUACUUGAAGCAUAAUAGAAUGUUUUCAGUUUGGAGGCUGUGGUCCAUCUGGCACAUUAACACUAAACCAUGGUUGAGCACUAUAGGAAUGAGAAGCAGUGAGCCUCAGAUUUAAGGACUCAGCCCUCUCUCUCUUCCUCUGGUGUGGCUGUGAGGAGAUUGGUCAGUUUAAAGUGGGGGGAAAAGGUUCCACAAUUUCUUGGUACAUCAAACUUGAGGGAACUCUGGUUAGCUUAAACUGGCCUUCCCCAGCCUGGUACCCUCCAAAUGUUUCGGAUUACAACUCCCACCAGUAUGGCCAAUGGUCAGGGAUGAAGGGAGUUGCAGUCCAACAUCAUCUGGAGGGCACCAGAUUGGGGAAGCCUGGCUUAAACUAUGGUUUAUUGAAAACAAGCUGAGAUCAAACUGUGGCUUACAAUCCUGUCUUGUAAAAAACUAUAGUUUAAAGUAGCCUGACUUCUACCCAGCUUAAAUGCAACAAUAAACUCCAGUUAGUUUAAAUCAGGAAGCAGAUGCUUCCAAGUAUCUCCUCACACCUGCACCGAAGGAGGAGAGGGGAGCACUCAACCUCAGAUGCUUUCUCAUUGUGCUUAAUUACAGUUCAGCAUUACAUUGAGAUUGGCCUCUCUGGUUGCCAAUUGAAAAGGAUACCUGUAAAUGACGUUAAACUCUUUGGCUGCUUUUUUUAAUGAGCUGGCAAAAAACACAGGAGGAAAGGGCUCUGCUAAGCAUCUGUUGCUUUUCAUAAUAGGGAGUUAAGGAUUAAAGAGCUUUUUGCCUAUAUCUUGGCUUAAACCAGAGGUUCUCAAACUGUUGUCCAUAGACCACUGGUGUUUAUGAAUAUAAUUCAGGUGGCCCAUGAAAAGAUUGCAGAACAGUUAAGAGUAUAUGUAGCAGGCCCUGCACUUCAUUUAUAUAUCUUUUCCUGACAAUGGAGAUCAAGGCCAUUUUGACUGGGCCCAGAUUACUGAACAGGCUAACAAGGCCCUGGCAUAAGGCCUGUGAUUUUCAUCACAUGGUGCUGACUCAAAAUGGGAUUUUUUUCAUCACUUGCCACUCUCAAGUCCAAAUACAGAAGCAAGACAAAUGCUGAACAUGACCUUAGGCUAAAGCUGACAAAGAUUACACCCAGCUUCACAGAAUCUUGCUCACAAAAAUAGGUGCAUUCAUCACAUUAAAAGGCAGGGCUAUGAUUAUUAAAAUAUGAGUUAUGUGCUUUGAUUUACAAAACAAAAAUAGUUUAAGUGGUCCACCGAGGCCCUCAUAAAUGUUCAAGUGGUCCAUGUAUCAAGAUGUUUGAGAACUGUUGGCUUACACCACUGGUUCCCAAACUUUUUUUUCCACAUGGACCACUUAAAAAUUGCUGAGAGCCUUAGCAGACCACUUUAUGAAUUUUCUACCUGUUGUAGCAAUUGUAAUGCACUGUGCUAGAUUCUUUAUUAUUUUAAAUUGUAUUUUUAUUGCUUCUUUUAUUUCUUAUAUUGCAUAUAAAAUAACAAUAUAAGAAAUAAAAGCAGCAAUAAAAAUACAAUUAAAAAUCAAUGUGAGUAUUUAAUGCAGACAUGGCAUGGACCACCAGAAUGAAGCUCGUGGACCACUGGUGGUCCAUGGAUCACAGUUUGGGAAACCCUGGCUUAAACAAUAGAAAGCAGCUGAGAUAUGCAACAGAUGACUCUUUAGGCCUGGAAGCUACAUUGCAGGCCAGGUAAGCCUUGGAGGACGAUUUAAGGCUUGUUUCCAGUUGCCUAUCCCUAAACCACAAAUGGGGAACCCGAGGCCCUCCAGAUAUUGGACUACACCUCCCAUUAGCUCCAGCCAGCAUAGCCAAUGGUUUGGGAUGAUGGGAGUUGUAGUCUCAUCUGCAGAGCCACAUGUUCCCCAUCUCUGCCCUAAACUAAUUCAUACGGUAUCCUUUAAUUCCCAUCAAGUUACUUCAAACACCAUUUGCCAAAUAAUGAAAGUUCAGUGAGAAAUCGCCCUGCCAUUGAAUCAUUCUGUUUAAAACUGAAAAAGGCUGAAUAAGUCUAGCUUUGCAUCAACAACAGCAGGCAAUGCAUGCUCCAUUGUAUGUGUGGGAAGAACAACAAAAAAUGUGAAUAGUUUUUAUGAAGAUGUUUUAUUUUUAAAAAGAGAAAGAAUAAGCCAAAUCUGUUUGGUGGUGUUAUUUUUAAUACAAUGAUUUGCCCCCCAAAAAAGUUCUAUUACACUGCACAUAUACUACAAUACAGAUUAUGCACGAUUGAGCAUACCAAGAGCAUUCUGGGAGAUUACUAUUGAAGUUAAAAGGGCAAAAGUUAUACCUCUCCUACAUCCUGUGUUAUUUAUUUAUUUAUUCGAUUUAUAUCCCACCUUUCCUCCCAGUAGGAGCCCAGAGUGGCCUUAGAGGGACGCAUCAACACGCUUGGGGGAAUUCCAAGGUUGUACUUACAGAAGUACAAAAAAAAUUCAGGGGAAAAAUGGG